GGUUAGAUUACUACCAUCUACCAGUGACAACUGGCAAGAUCGACUGUGUCAGUAACCAUUUUAGAUCACAGAAUCUGGAAUCCAUUUCUUGGAAGAUCCGAAAUGACGGAUCCGAGUCUAGAGUUGCAGGAGUCGGGUUGGGAGGAAUUGAGGAGAGAGGCUAGAAAGCUCGAAGGAGAUCUUGAUGUCAAGCUCUCAUCUUAUGCCAAGCUUGGCGCUAGGUUCACCCAAGGAGGUUCAGGUUAUGUAGACACUGGUUCACCAACAGUUGGAUCCAGCAGGUCAUGGAAGUCCAUGGAAAUGGAAAUCCAGUCACUGCUUGAAAAGUUAGUAGAUACAAAUGAUGCUAUGAGUAGAUGUGCUGCAUCUGCUGCACCAACUACAUCAGUUACUCAAAAGCUCGCAAGGCACAGAGACAUACUUCAUGAGUUUACCCAGGAAUUCAAACGAAUCAAGGGAAACAUAAACUCAAUGAGGGAACAUGCAGAACUUCUGAGUUCAGUCAGAGAUGAUAUUAGUGAGUACAAGGCAUCUGGGAGUAUGUCUCCAAGAAUGCUGUUACUACGAGAGAGAGCUGCCAUCCAUGGAAGUAUUUCUCAUAUAGAUGAUGUUAUUAAUCAAGCUCAAACAACAAGAGCUGUCUUAGGUUCUCAAAGGGCUUUGUUUGGAGAUGUUCAAGGAAAAGUGAAGCUUCUAAGUGACACGUUUCCUAUUAUCCGUGGCCUGCUUGGUUCUAUCAGGAGACGGAGAUCAAGAGACACCAUUAUUCUGUCCACUGUCAUUGCUGCUUGUACGUUGUUUCUUAUUAUCUAUUGGCUCUCAAAAUGACAGGUGUGAUUUAUCAUACAGAAAUUACAAAAUGAUGAUGGUCUUCAAAGGAAUUUUUCUGUAAUAUGUUAGGAUGAAUAAUGGAUCAAGUUCUCUGUACCAUAGCCUGUGGUGCCUUCAUACUGCCAUUGUGCAUCAAGAAUAUCUUUUUUUUUUUUUUAA